CAUUUUUUAUUUGCAGUAUUUCGCAAAAAGCUAAUCCAGGUCUACGCAUACUUAACCUCUGAUCUUUUUUCCCAGUUUUCACACUGCAAUUCUAAGCCACAAAACCCAUCCCCUCUCUCUCUCUCUAUUUGACCCUCUUCGCCAUUUUCUCUCUCAAAACCUACACACUCCCUCUCCCAUGGCGACCCCACCGUGAUCUCUUUUCUGUGAGUUCAAGUUCAACCCUUUGAGCUCCAGCCCUUUCUCUUUUUGAGGGUUCAUUGAUUAAAACCCAUCUCUCUCUCUCUCUCUCUCUCUCUUGUUCUCUCUGAUGGUGAAGAGAAAACCCUAGCGAGGGAGCUCAACUGCAACCCAAAUUUGGCAAAGAAAGUAUCAGUAACGGAGAAGCACAGACAUAUAUAUAUUUAUAUAUAUACAUCUGUCUAGGUGUGAAUGCUUUUGUUGAGAUCGAGACAAAGGUGAAAAAAGAGCGCAUGGAAAGGACUACUGUAGCUUCUUCUUCUUCUUCUACUACUUCUAGUUCUUCUGCUUUGUACUGUCACCUUGUUUGCAGAUCAUCAUCAUCAUCAGUCUGAUCUUCGGUGUUUCGUCUACUGAGAAGAGGAGAGAGAGGAGAGAGAGAUGGAUUCUGGGAAUAGUGGGAGUCUACAGUCGUCGAGCGGCGGCGAUGAGGAGUACGAUUCACGUGGCGAUUCGUUCUCGGCUUUCAUGACCAAAACGGCGGCGGCCGGACACAUUACUCAUCAUCUCUCACAACCGCCGCAAACCGCCAUGUUCAGCCCGCUAUUAUCCAACUAUUUCGAUCCCACUUUACAGCCUCCCACGUUUUCCGACCAAAACUCAAUCCCGCUUCUCAAUUUGGAUAUGGCUUGGUCCAGAACCCUAAGAUCCGACCCAUGUUCCCCUCAGAUCAACCCCGCCGUCUUGCCCUCCGCGGGUUCUUCCGCUCAUCAGAAGGUGGGGGUGGGGGUGGGGGUGGGUGGCGUUUCAUUCCCGUCUACGGCGGAGGCGCAUGCUAGUGGCAGUGUUACGGCGGCGGAUGCGGCGGCGGCGGGGAAAGAUCACGGUCGUGUUAUGCGUAACCCCAAGAAACGGUCUAGAGCUUCAAGGAGAGCGCCGACUACAGUGUUAACCACGGACACCACCAAUUUCCGAGCCAUGGUUCAGGAAUUUACCGGGAUCCCGGCGCCGCCUUUUACUUCCUCGCCGUUCCCGAGAACCCGGUUCGAUAUUUUCGGCACUCCAUCGGCCCUGAGAUCCGCCGGAACUCACUUGAACACUUCCCAACCGCCUUAUCUCCGACGGCCUUUUCCCCAGAAGAUUCAACAGCCACCGCCACCGUUUCUCCCGCCGCCGCCUCUCGAUUCUUUGGCUUCAUCCAGCACUAACAAUCUCUUCACCAUUCCACACAACUCCAUCCUCUCAUCUCUCCUUCAAUCCUCCCCAAACGAGUUCGGUUCCGUCAACACCGCUCUCACCGGCCUCCCCAGCCUCAUAUCACCGGACCAAGCCGUCGCCGCCAGUUCCCGGAGGAGCGAAACCGGUUGGGGUGGCGGCGGAUUGAGACCAACCGCUAAUGAUGAUCAACUUCCUCAUCAUCACUUCUCCAACAAUGGUGAAAAUAACGGCAACCACAAUAUUCCGACCGCCUCUUCGAACUUCCUAGGAGACAAGGCGCCGGAAAACGUGUCGGGCAGAGGUGAAGGUAUGACGGAGUCGUGGAUUUGUUCUUCAGACUUGAAAUGAUUGCACCAUUGAAAGUUAUAUGCAACACACAUUUAUCAUCAUCAUCAUGAUUGUUAUGAUCAAAACGAGGAACAAAAGAAAAAAGAGGUUAACUAGUGCAUGUUCUUCAUCAUUUUCCUUAACCAUAACUUAAUUAUCACAAAACAUCAUUAAAAACCCCAAAAAAAAACCUCUUGUUUCAUUAACCGUAUGUAAAUAUGUGAUUACUGUUAUUAUUAUUAUUCCUAAUCAUAUACAUUAGCAUUAUGGGCAGAUAAUUAGAAAGAGAGUCAUAGCGAUCAUUGUGAGCUUUUGAGCUGGUUUGUCAUCCUUCUCUUCUUCAAUAGUAAAAUGCUGUUAUUUUUCUGUA